UACCUCUGUCAAAUUGCUGCGCUAGAAGCGGUGAGCAAUCGUCCAAGGAUUCAGGAAUCGUGGACACCACGCCAACCACCUCAUUUCUGCCUGACACAUCCAGUUGUUCGCCAACCAGGGGCUAUGACCGACAAGGUUGUUGCUGCACUGCCAACAAAGGAACCGCCUGCUUGGAAGCAAGAGCUUCACGAGGUUGGCUCUUGGUGCGUUCUAUUGGAAAAGGUCACGAGGCCUACGCCCGCUGAACCGAAAAUCUUGAGAAAUAUCCAAUUAUGUGUCACUGCAGUGACGAAAAGCACAACAUGCAGUAGCAACCAACAUUUGGAGUACUUGAAUGAGUAUCGAAGCGCUUUAAUCGAGGCACUUGCAUUCAGAGAUCUAAAGAAUUCCAAUACAGCCUGCAUGAUAGCGUGGGUGGCUGGGCUCUCAGCCUCGGCGCUCUUCACAUUCACCCCUAAUUCCGCCUCACCUGAAAAAGGCGACACCGUUACCCUGGAAAAUCUUGAAUAA